AGAAACUGAAAAUAAGCGAAAGUGAGUCAUUGCGAGAGUCAAGUGUGGUAGAACCGCUUGCACAAGCACGAGUAAACUUCUGAUUUCUGGAGGGAGAGCGAACUGAUUGACAACAAGGUGGUUUGAGCAAACGUAUAUACACGCGUUUUCAAAGUCAGGCGUACCAGCAUACAACGUUUGAUCAGCUUGUGAACUCGUGUUGAGUAGCGGUCCCUCAGUUGGACGUCGAGCGUAGUCAUCCACGCUCCGUUUAUCCUACUUUUCUUCGCGUAUGUUGUUCGGUCGUAAAUUGUUAUUGCGGUGCAAUGAAUCGUUGUUUCAAACUACUGCAUUUUAUUGGCAUUUGGAAGAUUUAUUAAAGGUGUUUUAAUUCGUUUAAGAAUCGAGUGAACGCAACAAUGUCGACUUCAGAUUUGAUCGGAUAUUCGCACGACUUUCUUGCAGAAUUUAUUCAACUUUAUCGUAGUUUUCCCUGCUUAUGGCAGAUUAAGUAUAAAGGAUAUAAAGACAGAUUGCUUCGAAAUCGUGCUUACGACGCUCUUGUACAGAAAUUAAGGGAAGUUAAUCCGAUAGCUGAUAGAGAGACCGUGAUACGAAAAAUUAAUACUCUCCGAACUGCAUUCAGAAGGGAAUACAAGAAAGUACGGAGCUCGCAGAGGAUGGUCCAAAAUCCUCGGCAACGAUACAAAUCUUCGUUAUGGUACUACGAUAUUUUAAAAUUUGUCGCGGAACAGAACGAGACAAGUCCAUUGGACGAAGAAAGGGACGUUAAGAAUGCUUUGGUUAACCCAACGGAUUUCUCUCAAGAGGAGAUGAUGUCUGUGCAAACGGAUGUAGACAAGAUCGAGCCACCGUCACCCGUACCCUCACCGGGAGCUAGCUCUGUCCCAGCUUUUCAACCGAUCAUCUUUGAAGGAUCAUACGCGAGGAGAAUAUCGAACACCGCGCAGACCGAUUACCUGAGAAGAAAGUAUCAACAGGAAAAUUUUCAGGAUCAUCAACCGAAGGAAUCGAGUCGCGAACUCUCGCCGAGACAUUUUGCCAGCUGCGAUGACCAUUUUGAGACUUUUGGUCGUUACGUUGCCGGCAAAUUGAGAAAGUCAAUGCCUCGACAAAGUAUCAUUGCCGAGAAGAUAAUUGCGGAAGUCCUCUUAAGGGCCAAUUUCGGCACCUUGGAGGAAACUACUUGUCUUACGGAAAAAGUACCUUCUCGUUGCUUUUUAGUAAUGGGCGAUCAUUGAAUCGAUCAUUGAAUCGAUCAUCACAUUUCUCGUUUUUCCUUC